UUAAAUAAAUUUUAUUCGUGUGAUAAGGCGCGGGGCGCGGCGGCGGCUAGGCGGGCGCCGCCUAGACGCCCCAGCAGUCACCGCCCGCCGUUCACGCCGCGACGACGCAUCGCCGAUCGCCACUCGCCAGCUAAAUUUACACGCCACUGACUGUCUUCCAGAACACGGUCGGAGCGCUUAUAGUGAAGUGUUGUUUAGUCCAGUGAGUGCUAGCUCUGUGAGGUCCUGUCGCCCUUGAGUGUGAAUUCUGCAAAAAUAAAAACCCUACGGAGAAUGCUACCUUUAUGAUACAAAAGUGAAGUUUUGAUAUGAUCUUUAUUAAAAUUAUUUAUACACGUGUAUAGUGUGUGUGUCGUGAAAUGUGCUUAUGCUGAACGUGUUAAAGUGAAUUCGUAAUUUGAUUCGAGAUGUCUUCACGGACGGGUCCCAGGGGCACCUCGGUGGCUACUAGCCAGAGGAAGCAUCGGUCCAAGUCUUCGACCAGGUAUGAUAUGGAGAAGAAACCGAAGAAGAAGGACAUGCGAACAUCGGGAACAACAAGUUUGGUCUCAAUACCCAACAGCAUCAAACUUACGAUGUUGAAUAGCGGCCUCAUAUCUUUUGACCGCGUGACCUUUAAGCCAGAGACGGACGAGAAUGGUUCCAUAUCCGAGACGAUACCGGACCGACCUGUCGAGCUAAAGAACUUCACGAAGCUCUGCGAACAGCGACGGAAGUUUCCAGUGCUUUACAAACUCGAGUUUCAGACUGCGAUCAAGGUCGAGAUGCAGUUGUGCCGGCACGCAACGAAGAAGACAAAUCUACACAAAAAUCAGAAUCAAAAAGUUAUACCUUAUGAUUACAACAGAGUGGUGCUAGACACUAUAGACCGGGAACCAGACUCGGAUUAUAUAAACGCUUCUUACAUAGAUAGUUUAUUAAAGCCUAAGGCGUACAUAGUAACUCAGGGGCCAACCGAAGACACAGUCGUGGAUUUCUGGCGGAUGAUCUGGCAGGAACGAGCCGCCGCCAUUGUCAUGCUCACUAAGACAUUCGACUUCAUUAAAGUUAUGUGCGUCCAGUAUUGGCCACCAAACAAAGAGAAAGAUGAAACGUACGGAGACAUCAGCGUCGGCAUCGUGCAAGAAGAGGAGCUCGCCAAUUUCUUCAUAAGAACCUUCCGACUUUAUAAGACUGAGAAGGGUGUGGUGAUAGAAGAGAGGUUCAUUCUGCAGUUCCACUAUACGCAGUGGCACUCUCACACGUGUCCAUUCAGCAACGCGCUCCUCGAGUUCAGGAGACGUGUCAGAGCGGUGGUUGGCAGGAGGCUGGCCGUCAACCCUGCAGCGGGACCCAUGGUCGUGCACUGCAAUGAUGGUGGAGGUAGAUCGGGCGUGUACUUAGCUAUCGACGCGAAUUUGGAACUAGCUGAAGAGGAAGACAGCUUUGAUGUCUUCGGAUGUUUGAAAAAACUCCGGGAAUCCCGAAAAGGGCUUAUUGAAAACGAGGAACAAUACAAAUUUGUCUACGAUACGUUAGAGGAACACGUCGUCUGCGGUAUUUCAUGGUUUCCAGUCUCCGAACUGUCGCAGAGGCUGAAGCAAAAAUCCCAGAGGGACCCCGUCACGAAACUCAAUGAGUACCAAAAGGAAUACCAGCAAAUAUGUAAACAGACGCCGAGGUUCACGAUAGGGGAUUGCGCUGGGGGUCAUCGAGGUGAUAAUCGGGAAAAGAACCGCGAUGUUCUAGUGGUGCCUCCUGACAAUUUUCGUCCCUAUUUGACAUCAUUUCAAGGAAACAGUUUCACUGAUUACAUCAACGCCGUGUUCGUGGAUGGUUACACCAAGCCUCGUGAGUACAUAGUGACGGAAUGGCCUCUGAUGAUGACUCAAGGAGAGUUUUGGUCUUUAGUAUACGAUUAUGAAUGCGCUGCGGUCGUUGUUUUAUGUGUUCCACCGAAGAAUUCUCAACAAUACCCGCCGUUUUGGCCCGAGGGACGGCAUUCUAAGAAAUAUGGACCAGUUUUUACAAUAGAUCACGUAUCUCAUAAUCAUUAUACUAAUAUUAAGACUUGGAUAUUUAGGAUCAAUAAGAAGAUAAUUUCACUGACUGAACUGAUGGCUGGAGUCAAAGCUCCAACGAAAACAGUGCAACUAUUCCAAUUGACGUGUUGGCCAAUGGGCCACAAGGUUCCGUCAUCGACCAAUUCACUAGUGGAGCUGAUGAACAUGGUGGAACGCUGGCGACAGCGGACAGACUACGGACCAGUCUGCGUUGUAUCACCGGAUGGACGCAGCCGGGCCGGUGUCUACUGCGCAGCCAACGCGUGCAUCGAACAAGUCAUAAAGCACGGCGAGGUGGACGUGUUUCAAGCUGUGAAGACUGUUCGACGACACCGGCCACAGCUCGUCGAGAACAUGACCGAAUACAAGUACUGCUACGAUCUAGUUCUCCAUUACGUGUUGCACUAUUUAAAUAAAGAUAUGAACGAAAAAAAGUGAGAGUGCGAACUCAAAGACGAACUCUGGUUCAUCGA